CUUGGUAAGCUUCUACUCACACCCAGACCACAGUCGCAAGACGGGACGUAUAUAACGCCAUGACUUCAUCCAAGUACUCCAGUACAACCUCACCUACGUCUACCAGCCGCUCCCCAGCCUGUGUAUGUCCUAUACCAUGUCUACCAAGCUAAGCCGCGCUUCAUACACCGUCGCCCUCGUCGGCGCGACCGGCGGCCUUGGCGUCGACGCCGUUGUAAGUCUUGUUGGCAAGGCGCCGAAUGAAGCCGCAAUCAAGAGUGGUGCGAAGGUGUACUUCCCUACGGAAUAUGGCUCUGACCACCGUAUCAACGACUUCCCCGGAUGGGAUGACCCUGACUGGUUGUUCAAAGGACAGCACGCUCGCAAGUACCGCCAGCUCGGAGCCGCAAGACAAAGUUGUUUCGCUAUCCUCAUCGGACCGUGGCUCGGCUUCGACACUGCCAACCUGACCUACACCUCUGUCGGCUCGCCCGACGCGAAGACCGCCACCACCGCGAAGGCGGACAUCGGGCGCGCUCUUGCGGAGCUCACGCUCCUCUCGCUGAACCCCGAGACGGCCGCGAGCGUCCCGGACGACGUGCACAUCGCGGGCAGCAACGUGAGCUACCGGCAGGUCCGCGACGUCGUGCAGAAGAUCCGCGACGAGCUUGGCGUGGAGCCGAAGGGGGAGAUCAAGGUCCAGGGCACGGAUUUGGCUGCGUUCAGGGAGAAGCUGCGGAAGGAGCAGCUCGAGAAGCCGAAGAGCGGGCCUAUCGACCAUAUCAAGAUCCUCAUCGGUGAGGGGAAGAUGGACUUCUCGCAGAAUGACGACGAGCUGGUUAACCCUGGCGAAAGCAUCUGGAAGUGGAAGACUGUCGAGGACAUCGUUCGCGAGAAAGACGGCAAGGUGUAAACUGUCACCAUGAUCCUCUCGCAGAACAAAGCAGUGUGUACGAGUAUUGAGCAGGAAUUUGAAAGAAUACAUUGA